AUGGGUGGACUUUUCUUCUUAUAUGGUCAAGGUGGUUGUGAAAAACAUUCUUAUGGUCAACUAUAUCAUGCUCAAUUAGGUCUAAAGGAGGAAAGUCCUCUUACAAGGUUAAUAACUAAGGCCAAAUUAAUCAUAUGGGAUGAAACUCCAAUGAUAAAUAAGUAUUGUUACGAAGCUUUAGACAAAUGCCUCACAGACAUCUUGAGGUCUAAAGGAGGUAUAGUUUUAAAUGUUGCUUCGAGUCAGAUUCGUAUAAUGCUCAUUUGCCAUUUGGAGGUUUUGAAGCUUACAAAAAACAUGAGAUUGUCACUAGGUGAAAACAACAACAUACAAGAACUCAGAAAUUUUGCAGAAUGGCUACUCAAAAUUGGUGAUGGUUUGGCUGGUGAUACAACAGAUGGUGAAUCGAUCAUUCAUAUACCAUCUGACAUUUUGAUUAAGAAUUCUGAGACAACUUUGGAUGACCUCAUUGAUUUCGUGUAUCCAGAUAUGUUAUCCAAUUUAUCUGUUGAAAAUUAUUUCAAGGAUAGAGCAAUUCUUGCACCAACUUUGGAUUGUGUCAGUGAUGUCAACAACAAGAUGACUGCAGGGUUACCUGGACAAGAAAGAGUCUACUUAAGUUCAGACUCUGUGUAUGCUGAAAAGGAAAAUAUGAAAUUUGAGUUAGAUGCUUUCUCGUCGGAGAUUCUAAAUGGAAUAAAUUGUUCAGGUCUACCACCACACAAGUUGGUCCUGAAGGUUGGCGCUCCUAUUAUGUUGCUGUGA